AAUGGUCUUAUCCACGAUGAGGGUCUCAAACUCCCAACUGUGCAUGUGCCGACAAAAGCCCACCCUCUGCAUGUCAGAUGAGUUCAGACAGGCCCACUCACCAGCUGAUGCACUGGCGGUCACAGAUCCAAGAAAGUGGAGAGCACAACUUGUCCAGUGCAAACUGAGCUGCACAGAGGAGGAGAGAAAGCUGGAAGGCACAAGUGGCUCAGUGAUGAAGCUGUUUUCCUCAAAGCCUUCCUUCAGGUCAAGUAUCCACCAUGAGGUGUCUCUGAGGUCCAUCUGCUCUGUUGUGUUUUUGGACAAGUCACUUUGUAUUUCCCUUUUAGAACUGGAGGGACGAGCAGGUCAACCCACUUUGUAUCGGUCGACCCUAUCUUGUCGCCUGGCGCCGCUCCCUCCGAGGUCCACUAGAGAUAAACCAGCCAAAAUAAAUGACAGUUACCGGAGCGGCAGAGCAGCUGUAUUGAGCACCAACAAAGGCACGGGCCAGAAGGAUGCUCUGGGUCACUGCAGAAGCCCUCUAUCAAAGCACUGGGCUCACAAGGCUGACCACAUGGUACCCUCUCAUGGUGUUUGCAGAAAUGCUAAUGACUCAGACAAGCAGCGCCGCUACGGCACUUCAUCUGGAUUACUGCCAUUCAGAGGGCCGGCCGCCUCUAACUCAAAGGCUGGCAGGCAGAAGGGGAAUGCAGAUGAGGAAGCCUUCUCUCUUCCGAGCAAAUUUAGGCAAAUGCAGCAGGCUUUCAGUAUUGGCCUGGGAGAGUCAGGAGCACGGAGCCAGCGAGCAGGAAUUAACAAGACAGAUGAAGAACAGGAAGACGGCGGAUCUGUGGGACCUCAAACGGUUUCCACUCUGGAUAGGACUCGUCAUCACCACCAGCUACUGAGGAAUAAAUCUGAGGGAGGGACUCCGAAACCUCUCAGCCUCAAAGAGGCUUUAGAGCUCUUCAGGCCAGACUUCAUCAGCCGAUCGCAGAGUCGGGUGAGGAGGCUGGAGCAGAGGGCCAGGAGGAGGAGAGCGCUGGACCAAUCAAAUCCCGAUCUGGUACAGGGCCUCAGGGAAGAUCAAGGAAAGCAAAAGAAGAACUGCACGACACCGGAUCCACUUAGCGAUAACCUUUUCAAACCGAGAGAGAGGUCUAUAUCAGGCAGAGAGAUGCAGCUGAGGUCCAGACGGAUUUACAACAAACUACCAGAAGUCACGAAAAAGAAGGAAGAGGAGAAAAAGAGGGCUGCUUCACAGACCAACCGACAGCGAGCUGAGGUCUUCAAAAAGAAACUUCUGGACCAAAUUCUACAAAGAUGAGCAGGGACGUGACAACAACACAGGGUUUAAUAUAUUCAGAUUUUUCUAGCUUUAUUGUUAUUAUACAAAAGUAUA